AUGGAUCUCGACUCGGGAGACUCCCCGUGGGGCGAUGAGCCUUCACAGUUCAAGCCUAGCCAAGGCGCUUCUAAGCCCGGCACUCAAGAGGGUGAAGCCGCAACCCCCGCGUCAGUCAGCGCGCCCACAGUCCGCACUCCUGGAAAACGAGGCCCCCGAGGCACACGCAAGAUUAGUGCACAAGCCACGAAACUCGAAUCUGUCGAUGAUUCCGUCGACCCUCUCGGCCCAUUGGGUGAAGCCCCAGCCGAGGCUGCCCCGACGCCUACAGAUGAGGCACCAGCACCACCCCAAAAAGAACCAUUCGCCGGCCGCGGCGCGCUACCACUAGCAUCGCCCUCCCAGGCGUCUGGAGGGGGAAUAUCGGAGUCGGCCAAUGUGGAUGAGCAAAGUGCGGGCUUCCGAGGACCUCCGCCCGUUCAGCCACCGGUGGAAACGGACGGACCUAAACGACAGACACAGCCCAGCAUGAGUAUCGAACAGGCUGCGAAGCCGACUUUCCAGAUCUAUGUUGGUGAUCCGCAUAAAGUAGGAGAUCUGACAAGUAGUCAUAUCGUCUAUCAAGUUUCGACCAAGACCACAUCCAAAGCUUAUCGCCAUCCCGAAUUCACAGUCAGUCGUAGAUACCGUGAUUUCCUCUGGCUUUACAAUUCCCUUCACGGCAGCAACCCCGGAGUGGUUGUUGCGCCUCCACCCGAGAAGCAAGCAGUUGGCCGGUUUGAUACCAACUUUGUGGAGUCGAGGAGGGCUGCUUUGGAACGGAUGCUAAAUAAGAUUGCUUCCCAUCCCAUUCUUCAACAUGAUGGAGACCUGAAAAUCUUCCUGGAAAGUGAGGCUUUCAACGUUGAUGUCAAGAAUAAGGAAAACCGGGAGCCCGAUAUUGGCCCAAGCAAGGGAAUGUUGAGCUCCUUUGGUAUUUCUGUUGGUGGGGGAAGCAAAUUCGUGGAACAUGACGAUUGGUUCCAUGAUCGUAAGGUCUACUUGGAUGCAUUGGAAAAUCAGCUGAAGGCCUUGAUGAAGUCAAUGGAUACUGUGGUGCUACAACGGAAGGGGCUCGCCGAUGCCGCAGGCGACUUUUCAAGCUCACUGCAUGCUUUGUCUGCUGUUGAGCUGUCUCCCGCUCUAUCAUCCCCUUUGGAAGGCCUGUCAGAGCUCCAACUGCGCAUCCGGGAACUCUACGACCGACAGGCGCAGCAGGAUGUGCUGACACUUGGAAUCACGAUUGAUGAAUAUAUCCGCUUAAUUGGAAGUGUCAAGAUGGCCUUUAGCCAGCGACAAAAGGCUUUCCACACCUGGCAUGCGGCUGAGUCCGAUCUACAGAAACGCAAGAACACUCAAGAUAAGCUACUCCGCCAGGGGAAGACCCAGCAAGACCGUCUGAACCAGGUCAAUGCCGAUGUCGCAGACGCAGAGCGCAAGGUCCAUCAGACACGGCUGCUGUUUGAAGACAUGGGCCGACUUAUGCGAAAUGAGCUGCAACGAUUUGAGAAGGAGAAGGUGGAAGACUUCAAGUCCGGUGUUGAAACAUUCCUCGAGAGUGCGGUAGAGGCCCAGAAAGAGUUGAUCGAGCUUUGGGAGACAUUCCUGUUGCGCUUAGAUGCUGGCGAAGAAGGCCUUCCUUACUACGUGCCUCCAUCUGAGACGGCGGAGGCGUCUGCACCAGAGCCUACGGAAUCGACGCCAUUGGUUGCUGAGGAUGAGGCUUGA